AUGUUGAUCCAGUGGAUUUUCUUGAUCUCCAUGGUCACCCUAAUAUCCGCCAUAUGGAUUCCGGAGCGGAUAGUUGGUGGUCACUCGGUGCCCAUUUCAGCGGUUCCCUGGCAAGCAUCUCUCCUGAAAGAUGGCAAACAUUGUUGCGGGGCUGUAAUCUAUAGUGAUCAGAUUGUUCUUACGGCAGGUCAUUGCAUUUCUGAAGAUGAUACUAUAAUAACUAUCAGAGUUGGCUCAUCCGAAGGAAACUCCGGUGGUCAGGUGGUAAACGUCUCAAGAAUCGAAGUUCACGAAAGUCAUGGCACAAGUUAUUCCAACGACAUAGCAGUAAUCAGACUUCAGACAAGACUCCGCAUGGGAGCCAAUGUAAGUCCCAUCCCAUUGGCCACUAGUUCACCAAGACCAGGAUCUUCAGCUUCAGUUACUGGAUGGGGAGCUAUAGGAUGGAAUCAGAAAGUAUCUAAUUCCCUGCUAGAGACCAGGGUGAAUAUAGUGGAUUGGAAGAGCUGUCGGAAAUCAUAUGGCAAAAUCCUUACGAAGGAAAUGUUAUGUGCCGCUGCUCCUGGUAAGGAUUCGUGUUCAAGGGAUUCUGGAGGACCUCUGGUAUCGGAUGGCAAACUAGUUGGCAUCGUUUCCUUUGGGAAAGGGUGUGCUAAUCCAAAAUAUCCUGGGGUCUAUGUUGAUGUGGCUAAAAUGAAGUCCUGGAUUUAUAAGGCCAUUAAAGAGGUUUUAUGUUUAUGUACAGAAAGGAAUAAAUAAAAUAUGAAAAGAAUCU